AUGCCUAAAGAAUCAGAAAUCUCUAAUGAGAAGCAGAUAAAUAAUAAGCAGAUUGAAGCAUUACCUGUUGUGACAUUAGAUGCUGGCAAAGCUUUAAUUAAUUAUAAGUAUCAGAUUCCUCCUAUUGUUAAGCUUGUUGUUCUUUAUAUAGAAAACAGAGUUAUGGAUUUCCAAUCUGCCAUGCAAAAAAAUUCAAAAAUACCUUCUAUGAAACUAUUCCUUAUAGAUAUGAAUGAAGCUAAUAAACAUGUUGCAUCUUGUUAUCAAUCUCAUCUAGCUAGUCCAAGAUGGCUCUUUAAAAUGAUAGUUAUAGGAAAAAGUGAAUUAGGUAAGACUAAUAUCUUAACAAAUCUUUUUCUUAGUGAUAAAGCUAAAUAUAUAUAUAAAGGAAAAAAAGGUAGUAGGAGAUAUAUUUCUUGUGAUAAUUUAAUAGUUUGUGGUUAUCAUUCUGUGAGCCAAAAUGGGCAUUAA